GAGAUGGGAAAGGAAGAAGAUACAGAAUAAAAAUAAGAGAAGAUGAAAAGAAUAGAUACAAUAAAGAAAUAUUUUGCUGCCGUUUAUAGUUCACAUAUUUUACAAUUCAAUUCUGAUUUACCAUUUUCUUAACUAACUUGAUGUAGAGACUAGAUAGAAAAAUAUGCUAUUUUACCAUAUCAAUUUUCAAUUUUGCAGCUCUUGGUACCGGUAUACGUAUUGGUAUCUAAGGCACACGUUCAUCAUAGCAACGUACAGCGUGUUGACGAAAUGGAGUACAGUAACGUACGCGUACGUGAGCGUCAAGUUUACUAUUCACUUGUACAUGGUGCGUGCGAAAUAUUUCCGGCCGUGCGCUAUGCAACUUAUGUACGUAAAUUUGGUUCACUUUUCUACACGUAAUACCGACGACGAACAAUUUCUAGAAACCUGUUUUUUCACGAUAGUUACAUAAAUUGACCUUUUAACAGCAACAUUAUAUUAAAACAGAAAUCAUGGCAGACAACGAAAGUGUAACAACGUCAUCGCAGGACCAGCAAGAUGAUCCUUUGUAUAACCUUUCAGACGACGACCUGGCUCAGCUGUUGGAGGAUCUCCAAAUGGGCAACAAGGCAUUGCUGAAUGAAACCGAGAUGUUUGACAAGUACCUCAAGCGUGUGGAGCCCAACAUGGCUGCCAUGGCGACUGUGGCCCCCACCCCGAGUCAGUCAACGCUUGAUAAUAGAGUGAUGCGCAAACGCAGCAAGUCCAAAGGGAGCGGUAUAGACAAGCACCUGAAACUCUCCUCUGAACAAAAGUGUGACAUCUCUCAGAGAGAAAUUGAAGAACUACGCGAGGAGAUUGAGAAGUUGAAAGAGGAGUCAGAAAAGGUUCUUGAUAAUUACAAGGCUGUAAUGGAGGAAGCAGAUACAAGGUGUGCUGAGCUGAAGAAAUCUCGCUAUGAAUUUGAGCGCGACAUCCUCAAGGGCUCCGUCAAUGACAGAACCAAGAAGGUCGUUGCAGAGAAGGUCAUCAGGUACUACGAGGACAAACAUCGGUCCAGGGAUGCUCUCAUUGAAAAGCUAAGGUUGAAGAAUUCCACAUUGAAAGUCCAGAAGAAGAAACUACAUCUUCAAUUGAAGCAGAAAGAAGAGAUGGGAGAGGUUCUCCAUGAGGUGGACUUCCAACAGUUGAAGAUAGAGAACAGUCAGUACCUGGAGAAGAUUGAUGAGAGGAACCAAGAUCUGCUUCGACUCAAACUCAUGGCUGGGAAUACAUUGCAGGUCCUCAACUCCUACAAGAAAAAGCUUCAGACUCUCACAAUGGAAUCAGACAGGUUAAGAAAUGAAAUUUCAUCCAGAAAUGAACUCCUUUCAAGAAUUGAUACUGAAACUGAAACAGUUGAGGAGGAAAGGUCUUCAGCGGAAGAGUUGAACAGGAGGCUACGGCACCAGCUUGAAGACUACAAGGUUCCUGAGGUCGUCGAGUAUGUCCAGGAGAAGGCUGAUCUCUAUGAGCUUCAGAAGACCGUCAAGAGCUGGGAGAGGAAAGUGGAGAUCGCAGAGAUGGCUUUGAAGACGCAUCGUAAGACAUGGCAACAGAUGAGAAUGUCAAGUGAACAUCAGCAGUGGGGUGUCAUGGCAUAAACUUCUUCCUCUCCUUACCUUCUGAACUCUUGCUCGAUUUAUGACAUGCCUCUGUAUGAAAUAUGAUGCUUGAUGUUACUUGUGGAAUAGAUGAUGUCUAGAAGAAGAAGUUAUCAUCUGAAUCUUCCCUGUUCAGGUUGUAAUGAUUGUAUUUAAAUGGAGAAUUGUGACCGACUUCUCGGACUUAAUUGCCACUUUUCCGGUUUGAUCUUAUUUCUCGGUAGCAUACAAUCGGAUCGCUAUAAAGUGGAAAACAUACUCUGUAUAAGUGUUAAAUGCUUAUUGCUAUCAUAAUCUCAAUUAUGAAUCAGUGGCACCCCAUGUGAGUGCCUUAGCUGUAAAAACACCUUUAGUUGGUGAAAUAAGGGGUGACAAUUUUUUUUUCAUAUAGUCCAAGGAGAUUAUGCUCUUAUUUUAUUUCUGAAUAUUUCCUCACUUCCCAAUAUUCAUGUAGCGUAUUAUCUUGAUUAUUUAUUCGUUAGAGCUAUGGCCAUUAUUUAUUCUCUCUCUGUAACAUCUGAUCUAGACCUUUCCACUAGGCCUUAAUUUGUAUUAUCUUCUAUGAAUAGUGAUACAUUAUUGUCUUCUGUAAUCUGACAAUUCAUCAAGGAAGUAAGUUUGACAUAAAAGAGUGCAAACUUUUAAUUAAAAAGAUAAUGAUU